AGCGCUCUGCACUUUUCAUCUCCCGUUUUCCGUGCUCCAAUUCCACUACUGCCUCCCACAACUACGCGGUAUGGGCACAAAAGCCAAAUUCACCUUCACGUAUGACGUGGAUACCACGUUACUACAAUUGAUAUACAAACAUCGCCAGGAAAUUUACCAACGGGGGUCGACCUGUAAAGGCUGGAGUGAUAUUCUCGCCGAAUUCAACGGGGUUCUCAACACGAGCAUUCUCCAGAGUCGUACAUUGAACAAUCGGUUCAAGGCGCUACGAAAAGACAUCAAUUUGCGGAUCAACAGUCAAGUGAUAACCAAGGACCGAUUGAAUGAGAAUGAGAGGUUAUUGGUAUAUUUGAACGAGUUUUUCAGCCUUAAAAGAGGCAAGGUGAUUGAGAAGGAGAAGAAGAACGGCUUGCUUUUGGUCAAAGAUUUGGACUACGUACGUAGUGAUUCAAGCACCAGUGGCUCUGUUGAUCAGGAUGCUCAAACCACAAAUAUACCUCUGGCCACGGCCUCGGACACCCCGUCGUUGAUUGGAGUGGGCGUGGGCGUGGGCGGAGGGGCAUCCGAGAUCUCUCCCCAGUCCUCGAUAUCCAGCAAGAGUCUGCUGGUGAAGGGGACUGCUGGCCUUGGUUCGGGCAGUGCACAAAACAAUCAGCUCAAUCUCCAGAUGAUGGGCCAAUUGAAUGCGCAGCUCGGCCAGCUCGGUCAGGCCCAUGGUCAGAUGGGUCUGAACCAAAUCGGCCAGUAUCAGCUACAGACCCAAAAUCAAACACCUCUCCAGUAUUCGCAAUUGUCUGCUCGUGAGGCUCACCAAAAUGGAUCCACGCCAGCGCUGUCGACGCCUGCGGCCCUGGUUCUGCCCCACCACGGGCACUCGGCCGCAUUUCCCACACCGCAUGUUCUAUCUUCGCACCACCGAUGGAAAACUACCGGCCUCUCUGACCCAAAGGAAGACACCCCGUACCGACAAACGUACGAAAUCUACAAUGAGUCUCUCAACUACUCACCCCACCCAUCCCCCAACCAGCUCAGCCAAUUCCUCAUUCACCGACAACAUCCAACCCAGCACCACCACGAAAUCUCCGGGUCUCAUCACCAGGCCGGUCCUCAGACGUCUCCAGGCCAAAAUACCCAUUCACACCCAAAUUCCUCUGCUCAAACCCCCACCAUCAAUUCCCAGCCCAACCCGCAAGCCCAAACUGUCCAGGAUCAGAUGCCUGACCCCAUGGCAUUGGAGUUCAAAGAGGUAAUGCCUCCGGUCAAUCACAUGAUCAGUGUGUUGCAACAAAAUCAGCUUCAACAGAACAAUGAGCUCAAUGAGUUCAAAAAAGAGUUCUACAAGUUCAAGGUCGAGGUAAGCUCCAAGCUCGAACAGAUCUUGCAAUCUCUACAGGCCAAAGACAAAAAAGACUAAAAGUAUAUACAACCCGUAGAAUAUAAUGAAUUGAUGAUCUUUACGUA